UUGCCUCCUCUGCUCAGGCUGAAAGCUUGGAAACCCUAAAUUUCGAAUGUCCUCGAAAGUGUAGCCUCCCUUAGAUGCACUGGCGCAGCCGCGUUCCUCCUCCUCAACCCAUCCAUGGCGGAUCUUCCGCUGGAAGUCAUCAUCGAUAUUCUCUCUCGUUUGCCCGUCAAGUCCGUCCUCCGCUUCCGCUGUACCUGCAAGUCGUGGCGUUCCCUGAUUGACGGCUCCCACUUCAUCUCCUUCCAUCUCCACAAAUCACUCGAAACCAACCGCAACAAUCUCGUCAUUUUCAGGCAGAAUUCUGAUCUUCAGAUAGUUGAUUUCGAUACUCUCGAUGCAGCCGUCGAGGUCGUCCAUCCUCUCAUGUGCUAUGGUAAUCGCCUUAAGGUCUUAGGUUCUUGCAAUGGAUUGCUCUGCAUCUGCAACGUCGCUGAGGAUAUAGCUUUAUGGAACCCUUCUAUUCGUAAACAUAAAAUUCUUGCUUUGCUGCCUGUGGAGCGACGACCUGAAUCCGAUACUAGCUUAUUCGCUGCCAGAGUUUAUGGGUUUGGGUAUGAUUCCUUCUCCGAUGAUUAUAAAUUGCUCAGGAUUUCGUAUUAUAUUGACUUACACAGUCGUACUUUCGAUUCUCAAGUCAAGCUUUAUAGCCUGAGAACCAAUAGUUGGAAAACCAUUCAGCAUAUGCCUUACGCCCUAUGUUGUGCACGCACGAUGGGUGUUUUUGUUGGCGGGGCUUUACACUGGGUCGUCACUCGGAAGCUUGAGCCCGAUGCGCCCGAUCUGAUCAUUGCGUUUGAUCUGAAAUACGAAAAUUUUAGGGAGGUGCCUCUGCCUGACCUGGGAAAUCAGAAUUUUCAGAUGGAAGUGGCUCUGCUGGGGCGAUCCCUAUGCAUGCUUGCAAAUUACCAAAACACGCGAGUGGAUAUUUGGGUUAUGAAAGAAUAUGGACACAAAGAGACCUGGUGUAACUUGUUCACAUUGAAUGAAUCACAUGAGUUAGGAUCUCUAAAAUUUGUGAGGCCCUUAGCCUACUCGAGAGAUGGAAACAAGGUUUUCUUGGAACUGGACCAUAAGAGGCUCUGCUGGUUUGACUUGAAAAAUAAUGGAAUCAGUUCUAUUCAAAUCCCUAGAAUGCCCCCGUUAAUUGACGGAACAAUUUGUCUCGGAAGCCUUGUCCCACCAGCUCUAGAAAGUAGAAUUGAUAAACAGCAGCAAGAGUUGGAGGCAAAGAAAGAAAGGGAUGCCUUCCUGUCCGAGGGAUUUAAAUUGGUACUGUAGGUCAACAGCGGAACGAACGGUAGCUCCGAUAUCUCUUUGCCCUUUCAAUAGGUAGCUUCUUCUGUUUUGAAAUUAGACUUGGUUGCUAACCGGGAAAGAGUGAAACCGAUUAGCAACAGACUGGUGAGUACUCUUCUUAGGAUUCCUUUUUUGCUUGCAUUGCCUACAUUUUAUCCGUUCCUGUCUUCACAGGAAUGAAGGCUGAAGAGGGGACAAGAUACCAGAUGAUAUGGUGUUUUACUGACUCUGCUGGAGUCCAUAUAGCAGCCAGGGGAUGCUUUGCUUAAUGACCCUCAAAAACAAAAACUGCUGACCUCGACAGAAAUAUAAGACGUAUAUUUCUAUUGUAAUACAGUUAAGAUUCUGUUGCUGACCAUGUAAAUUUGUUUGUUUUCUUGCAAACAACCGGCUGAGUUAUGGAUAAACUUUGACAAAGCUCCAUAUGUAAUAAUCACUCCUUGCUUUCGUGUGAAAUGACGAUCGUGAGAUGAUUCGACAUGCGAGAGGAGAUACUAAUGAACAACCCGAGAAAAGAGUGAUUUAUUUUAUAUGCUUCAUAACAGGUUGUAUGAGCCUGCAUUCUGGGUGCUGAGCCUGGCCUAUCUACUGAGUUCCAAGUUUUCAUCUUAAGCAGGCCAAGUCGAAGUUCAAGUUUAUUCAAGCAGCUUGAUCUCAUUUUGAAUUUUGUCUAUUGAAGCAUGCAUGAUGUGGCAGCACAACAUGUCUUUCAUCUGCCCGAUACGCUAAACACUACAACAGGGUUGGAUUUUAUGCAAUGUUUGCACGGAAUUCAAAAUGAAUUCAGUUAUUAUUUACUAUUUGUUUGAUAGGGAUCAACACAAAUUAAUACGCAAGCCUCCAAGGGCUGGUAUAAAUUUAAGGGUCUUUGGCUAUUA